AUUAAACUCAAAUAGAUUGCUAUUUGACAAAUGUCAUCCAGCUGUCAAAUUAGACAUAGACACCACAGAGCGCAUCGCUCGGCACUGUACAACCUGUGUUAGAAUUUUCUUUGUAAACAAUCAAUUUCCUUUAUUUGUUUUUGCUUAUUACCGCAAUAACACAAUAAAUGAAGAUGAAUGCUACAAGUCUAUACGUUUCUACGUGCCGUCUCAUAAUACUAGCCGACGCAGCGGAUAAGUCUUCGUGGACAGAUUUAUUUCGAUUAGUUCCAUACUUGCGGCAAUCUUUGUCCUGUACAGUUUGCGGUAAUUUGCUUAAAGAACCUUACACGCCGGCCAGUUCGGGGUGUCAGCAUCACGUGUGUAAAACGUGUAAAGGCGGGAGAAAGAAAUUAAAACCGUCUUGUAGUUGGUGUAAGGAUUACGAUAAUUAUGCGGAAAAUUUGCAGUUACGGAUUCUGCUACAGUGUUACAAGAAGUUGUGUGAAUAUUUUAUGGGUACGGACGUUUACAAGAGUCUGUUGGAGGAGGACGAGGUGGCGGCAGGCGUGAACGGGGGCACGGUAGCGAGUUCGGGGCUUAUCGACUUGAUACAGGAGGGCGCGGGUUUUGCCGAUGACUACAAGAGCACGGCGGGCCUGUCCAAGUCCGCCUAUAGCAUCCUUCCCUGUGUCUACACAAACUCUGCUUCCACACAAACACAGGCAGCCUCCACAUCUAGUAAUACAGAAACAAAAUCUUCCAGUAAAGACUCCCCAAAUUCCAGAGCAAUGUCCAACGGCUCUCCUCUUUACUCUGUCAUGUAUGCUGGCUCUGGCAAUAAAAUUACUAUUAAGAGAAAAGCAGUUGAUGAAACAGAUUCAUCAUCACCAAGUGAACAAGCCCCUAGGGAAAGUAAGUCAAAUCAAUUAGGAUUUAAGAAGCCCUCAAACCGCACCCGUAGCUCAGCGAGUAGCAAACGGAAAGGUUGCAGAUGUGGCAACGCAACAGCUACGCCUGGCAAACUAACAUGCUGCGGGCAGAGGUGUCCAUGCUAUGUGGAGAGCAAGCCAUGCACGGAAUGCAAGUGUAAAGGUUGCCGGAACCCGCAUAGGCCAGAUGGGAUGAAGGUCAGACCACACAUACCUCAGUUAGACACGCUGCAGUUGAACAUGAACUCUGACAGCUCCCCAUCCUGCUCCGGUUCCAUGGACAGUCUGGACCCCGACACCCUCACGAUGGAAGCCAUGGAGGAGAGCCUCAACUUCAAUACGGACCUCAAACCAUCUAAUAUUAAGGUAUACACAAGUCAAUUGCAAGAAGUGUCAGCAUCGUUACCUGCGACGAUAAUGAUGGACGAGGAGCUGCCUGCGUCGGACGGCGACGAGGCGAGCUCGCCGCCCGACUACGCCAUCUCGCCCGACAGCCACGAGUCGCCGCGCUCCGAGCCCGCGCUCGACGCCAACAGCGACGUCGAGGUCGACGUAUGACAUCCGCUGUCCGCCGAGUGCGAUUAGGAGUUGCUCUCCCCCCCCCCCCCCCCGCGUGCUUCGCGUUCAGACGCUUGCUGCUGAUCUCGGAGCUUGUGAUGGUCGCGAUGAUCGCGAGCAUCUGGGAUUGGUGAUUGAGGGUACAGAUUUGUUGGAAUUAGCGCAUUCACUGCCAUUAACCCACCAGGCGGGCGCUCUGUUCGUAGUCGCUUUUCGCUACACGUGGGAUUUCGCAUAUUAUCGGCUACGCUCGUAGCGCGUAGCACGCGCUGGCACUGACUGUGUUAAAUGCAUAAAUGAAAACGAAUGAAGGACAGCACUAAUAGUUAAUGUUCACAAUUCAUAUACAGUUCUUGUCAUUAUUUAACAACUGUUUAACUCCAGCAUGUACCAUAUUUUAGUGUAUCCUUCACAAAACAAACCAAAAUACUUAAUUCUUUGUAAAAUAGCUAUUUUUAACUAAAACAUGUUACAUCUUGAAGUUAAUAAGUGUGUUUCAGUAUACGACAUUUACGAAUGAACUAUGUUAGUGCAAGUGCAAGUACCUACCCUUAAUCUUUUCCCAGAUGUCUGUGACUUGGCUUGCAACGCUUGUCUGUAGGCACACAGAACGCGGCAUAUACAAGCUGUCGAAACAAACGUGGCUUAUUAUGGAUUUUAAUGAAAUAAGACGGUUAUUGAAAACAAGUUUAUAGGGAAGACACUCGUUCAGUCACACUAAGUUAUGUUGGUGUGAAAUUGAAUUCAGAAGAAGCAGAAUUUUUUAAUUAUAUGUCAAAUAAAAUUACUUACAGAAAUCUGUAAGAAUCAAAACUGAAAAUAUUCUGCUACUUUUGAGUUCAUUUGUAUGUUCUUUUGUAGUGUGUCCAGUUUGGAAGAUUAUUUGCAAUAGUUCUUAAUGACUCGACUGAAAUCUGAAAUGAGUAAUGUGCAAAAUCGUUAUAAAAAUUAUGAUAAUUCAAUUCAAUUUAUUUAUUUAUAUAAAUUAUAAUUUUACACGUCAUAAAUAUUAUGAUAAUUCAAUUCAAUUUAUUUGU